AUGGCUAGAGGACCAAAGAAGCAUCUAAAAAGAUUAGCAGCUCCACAUCAUUGGAUGUUGGACAAAUUGUCUGGUUGUUACGCUCCAAGACCAUCUCAAGGUCCACACAAAUUGAGUGAAUCUUUACCAUUGAUUGUCUUCUUAAGAAACAGAUUAAAGUAUGCUUUGAACGGUCGUGAAGUUAAGGCUAUCUUGAUGCAACGUCAAGUUAAAGUUGAUGGUAAGGUUAGAACUGACACUACUUUCCCAGCUGGUUUUAUGGAUGUCAUCACUUUGGAAGCCACCAACGAAAACUUCAGAUUGGUCUAUGACGUUAAGGGUAGAUUUGCUGUCCACCGUAUUACCGAUGAAGAAGCCGCUUACAAGUUGGCCAAGGUCAAGAAGGUUCAAUUGGGUAAGAAGGGUGUUCCAUACGUUGUUACCCACGAUGGUAGAACUAUCAGAUACCCAGAUCCAAGCAUCAAAGUUAACGACACUGUUGUUGUUGAUCUUGCUUCUGGUAAAAUCACUGAUUUUAUCAAAUUUGACACUGGUAAGUUAGUUUACGUUACUGGUGGUCAUAACUUGGGUCGUGUUGGUACCAUUGUUCACAGAGAAAGACAUGAAGGUGGUUUCGAUAUUGUUCACAUCAAGGAUUCUUUAGACAACACCUUUGUUACCAGAUUGGGUAAUGUCUUCGUUAUUGGUGAACCAGGUAAGCCAUACAUUUCUUUGCCAAAGGGUAAAGGUAUUAAGUUAUCCAUUGCUGAAGAACGUGACAGAAGAAGAGCUCAACAGGGUUUAUAA